CUAUUUAAAGAGGCCGGUCGCGUCUGGGGAAGAAAGAAAGGGAAGGGAAAAAAAGAAAAGCGCCCAGCCAGCGAGACUUGUGAGUCGCGUCUUCUCCUUGCACGGACAUUCUCGACGAGGCUCGCCAUGGCUGAGGCUUUCGCGGGCGUCUGGAACCUGAUAGACAGCAGCGGUUUCGAUGAUUACAUGAAAGCGAUCGGUGUGGGCUUCGCCACAAGACAGAUUGCAAACCUGACCAAACCCACCACCAUCAUUGAGGUUGACGGUGACAAGAUCACCCUCAAGACCCAAAGCACUUUCAAGAACACAGAGAUUUGCUUCAAACUAGGAGAAGAAUUUGACGAGACAACUGCAGAUGACAGACACGUCAAGUCUCUUGUGACACUAGAUGGAGGAAAACUCAUUCAUGUGCAGAAAUGGGAUGGAAAGGAGACCUCGCUAGUCCGAGAACUGAAGGAUGGAAAAUUGAUUUUGACUCUGACGAUGGGGAAUGUGGUCUGCACCCGCACCUACCAAAAAGCAGAAUAAUGGUCUCUAUCUGUUUUCUUGCCAAGUUGUCCAAUGCCAACCUAAUUGCCAAACUGCCUAUAUGGUUCCUUGCUCCCCAAUUUUUUUUGUAUAAUUGUUGUACCUUUUUGAAUCCAUUCAGUAUCCAAUUUGAACUCUCUUGACAACUGCCUCUCACCCUGACCUUUGGAUUGUUUUUUGUUUUGUUGCUUUUUUUAAUACCGAAGAGGAGGGUUGGGGAAAUAAUAAAAAAGUUUAUUCUGUGCAAGUAAUAAACUGAAGUAGCUGUGUCACACAACGCCA